AUGUGCCCCCUGCUCUGCAUAAUGUCCUGGUUUGCCGUCUCCGACUUGAUUUACUUCGCCGACGCCCUGCUGUGGAGCGGAAACGUUGACAUCAAGGCGCUAAUAUGGUGUGAUAUCACCACCAAGCUAAAGAUUGGCGGCGAAAUUGCACUCCCUGCUGCAGCAGUUCCGCUGUCGGUCAAAGUCUACCGAAUCACGCUUCAGAAACGACCAAUGGGACUGUUAUUUGACCUAGGUGUUUGUGUUGCACUGCCGGCGGUUAUUAUGGCUCUGCAUACCAUCGUCCAAGGGAACCGUUUUGAUAUCAUCGAGGUCAUCGGCUGCAGCCCAAACAUCUACGUUUCUAUUCCCUCCAUCAUCAUCUUGGACAUUCCGCCCCUUGUUUGUUCAAUCCUCACUCUGAUCUUUUGCGGCAUCUCACUGGUCAACUUCACCCGACAAAGAAGAGCAUUCCAUCUCCUGACGCGUGGGCCAAAGAGCGACGGCCGCAAUCGGGCACAAUACAUCCGUCUCAUGGCUCUAACUACCGUUCUCGGUGUCUGGAGCACGAUUGUCGUCGCCUUGACGCGCUCGUCAGAGUACCACAGUGGCCUCCUGCCCUGGAUUUCGUGGGCGGAGGUCCACGCCGACUUCUGGAGCUUCGAGCGCGCACAAUACAUGCUUUCGCUUAUCCCCCAGGCAACGCUCGGGCCGCUCAUGUUCAGCUGGGCCAGUAUCCCGAUAAGCAGCCUCAUCACAUUUGCGUUUUUCGGUGUCGGCAGCGAGGCGGUGACGAAAUACCGCGCGCUGUUUAUAGCCAUCAAGAUGCGCGCAGGGAUGGGCGAUGGCGGCGAUCCCGUUACAGGCCGACAGCUGCAGCGUGAGGCGGUGUCGAGUCAGCGCAAAUCAGCAGAGGUUUGCUGA